GUGUGUGUGUGUGUGUGUGUGUGUGUGUGUGUGUGUGUGUUUAUGUCUGUCUGAAAAGCACCAAGACAGAACGGUGUCGUGUCAUGACGAAACUUGAAAAUAAAGCUGCAGAGGACCGGGCUCUCGACCAAUCAGCUGCGACUCGACCCUGAAUGGACCAAUGGUGCGGCAGGGCACCCUUGGCGCCAAGAUUCUCGGUCGUGGUCCCUAUAUAAGCCUCCGCUGUUGACGGGAACCUCUAAGUAUCACAUUCUGAAUUCGAAAGAAUGGCACGUACCAAACAAACCGCUCGCAUGUCCAUGGGUGGCAAGGCCCCUCGCAAGCGGCUUGCUACCAAAGCUGCUUGUAAGUCGGCCCCUGCCACCGGAGGUGUGAAGAAACCUCAUCGUUACAGGCCCAGUACCGUGGCUCUGCGUGAGAUCCGUCGUUAUCCGUCGUUUGAGACCCGCACGUUGUCGUUCAAACACCUUGUUCGUGAGAUUGCAAAAGACUUCAAGACCGACUUGCGGUUCCAGAGCUCUGCCGUAAUGACUCUGCAGAAGUCUUGCGUCAUGGUUCUGUAUGAGGCAUACCUCGUGGGUCUGCUUGAGGACAUCAGCCUAUGCCCCUUCAACGCCAAGCGUUUGACGAUUAUGCCCAAGGACAUCCAGUUGGCAAGAUGUAUCCGUGGAGAGCGUGCCGUAUCACAUUCUGAAUUCGAAAGAAUGGCACGUACCAAACAAACCGCUCGCAUGUCCACGGGUGGCAAGGCCCCUCGCAAGCGGCUUGCUACCAAAGCUGCUUGUAAGUCGGCCCCUGCCACCGGAGGUGUGAAGAAACCUCAUCGUUACAGGCCCAGUACCGUGGCUCUGCGUGAGAUCCGUCGUUAUCCGUCGUUUGAGACCCGCACGUUGUCGUUCAAACACCUUGUUCGUGAGAUUGCAAAAGACUUCAAGACCGACUUGCGGUUCCAGAGCUCUGCCGUAAUGACUCUGCAGAAGUCUUGCGUCAUGGUUCUGUAUGAGGCAUACCUCGUGGGUCUGCUUGAGGACAUCAGCCUAUGCCCCUUCAACGCCAAGCGUUUGACGAUUAUGCCCAAGGACAUCCAGUUGGCAAGAUGUAUCCGUGGAGAGCGUGCCUAAGCGAGCUCACUUCUCAUCUGGUUCAUCCAGCGAAAAACAGCGAUCACCGGCCCACGAAACGAACGGUCCUUUUCAGGACCAAACCGAGUUCCCUAUUGAUGCUGUUACUUUGCUGAGUUAUGUGUUGUUGUCCCCCGCCCCACCCCACCUCUGUGUGUGUAUUGAUUAUUGUUGUUGUUGUUGUUGGUUGUG